CAGGCGAUCUAUGCGCUCAAUGCGUGAAACGGAACGCACCCUUGGAGCGAUGGAGGACAUAACCUCAUGACAUAAAACCUGAAAGAAAUUGAGAAGAUAUGAUUAAUCGAAUGUUGUAAUGAUGUCUGUUGAGAAGAAUCAUAAUACUUUCUUUAAUGCUCGAUAUUAAAACAAAGAAGUUAUAUAUACGCCUAAAAAUAAAGUGCCGUUUUUUCUGGAAAAAGAGAACAUAUUUAUAAGCAACAUUUAUUAAUCAGAUAAAAAUGGGGACGAAAAAGAAUUUUAUUAUAUGCAUAAAAUGAAUUUUAUAGUUGAUAAAAAUAUUCGUGUUUCUAAAAAAAGAGAUCCUCUUUUAUCAAGUAUAUAUCAUGAAACGUAACGUACAUCGAUGAUAGAAACACAAGUCAGUAUCAACAAAGCUAGCACAUCGCGAAAAAUGGCCACUACUUGGCAUCAACAGGUCUUUGCGCUUGAUGCAAAGUAUAAUACGUUACGAGCUAACAAGCUCCCCAGUCUGGGUAUGCUAUAUAUUCGUCGAAGAAAUCAGCUACUUCGGGAAAAACCUUCCAGAGAUCCUGAAAUCAGCACGCGAUAUUUGAAAUUGCGGUCGGAAUUACUACGACGGCGUUAUGGAGAGAAACAGCAGGAGCAAAAUAGCGUGGAAAGUCAUACGAUUAGUGAAGAUUUAUCAGAAGGCAGACUGAAGCAUCACUUUGUGCAACGAAAAUCAACAGCGGAGAAUUUCGCGUUUGCCGGUGUCCAUCAUAUUUUUGAUCAGCAUAAAGCGGCCGUAACGAUGCUGAAAUUCGCCAACAAUGACAGAUCCAAAUUGUGUUGCGCGUCGUUGGAUGGUACGCUGUCCAUAUGCGAAGUCAUCGGCGCGCCUCCGAAAAUCAUCGCUUUGUUAGAAGGUCAUUCUGGCGGCGUGACCGCGCUCGAUUGGAGCAUCAGCAACGAUCUAAUAGUCUCUUCCUCCUUGGACACAACAAUACGGCUCUGGAGAGUAUGCGCGGAUGUAGAGCCUAUUUGUUUGCGAGUGGUGAACGAUCAACAACGAGCGGAAGUCUUAUGCUGUAACUUUAUACCCGCCAAUAAUAAUCUCAUCGUAGCCGGUAAUUCUCAAGGACUGAUUCAGAUCUUGAAUGUAUCUACCGGUAUAUAUAUGCGUGGUGGAUCCUGCAAAAUAGGUGGAAAGAUUCUUUCUCUUGCCUGCGAGGGUAGCGGUGGCUCCGUGAUUUGGGCCGGCAAUGAUAGAGGUGUCGUAGUGUCUUUUCGAUUGGAACCUGGUGUAGGGCGAUUGACAAAGUUGCAACGAGUACAAGAGACUGGCGGAAUGAUAACCAGCCUUUCUUGGCGCUCCUGGCUGUCAAAAGACGCUCCUUGGGCAGCAUUGUUAGUGAGCAGCGCAUGCAACGCCGUGUUAUUGUAUCGUGUUGCAGACAAUCACGGUUCUCUAUAUUUCUGGAGAAAGUAUCCUAUCAAGCAUAGGCAUUAUCUGUUGAGGUCCACCUUCUGUCCACAAAUGGGUGCAUGUUUAAUAGCUACUGGAUCAGAGGACGGGGCCGUACACUUGCUAGAUUCAGCGAGGGAAGGAAAGGCCGCCAGAAUCAAUCGACUACUCGGUCACGCGACACCUGCAUUAGCUUUAUCCUUUAAUUAUGAUGAAUCCCUACUUGCGUCCGCAGAUCACGACGGACAGAUUAUUUUGUGGCGCAAUCAUCAACGUCAUUUAUAAAGCAUUCUGUCUUCAGAGCUUUCAUGCAGACUAAAAGGAAAAAUAAUUUGUUCAAGUUCUAAGACAAGUUAUGAAAGUAUCAUGUUAUAAGACUUUCGUAAUAAGCCCAAAUUACGUAAUUGCAAAACGCGAUUUAUAAAUGUAUAGAUUUGUCUAGGAUAUGGAAAACGAAGUUUUGUACAUAUCGCGAUCUCUCUAUAUUGUGUAAAUAAAAAUUAAAAAUUAAUAUAAAAUUUUAGGACAUUUAUAAAUCACUUGGGAUCGAUUGAAUAAACAAUGCUUCUUUCUGUAUAACAAU